UCGGAGGGAAAGAGUGGGUGUGGGUGGUGGUGGGGAGGACUGGGCUGAGGUGGCCGUGUAUAAAUAGUGUAGCUCUCAAAUACACAGCCACAACAGCAGGAGUGAUCUCACCUCCUCUCCACCCUUUCUAUCCCUGUCGCCGCUGUCAGCCUCCGCAGAAAAAGAGCGCAGAGCCGUCAGCAGCAGCGGCAGCAGCAGCAGCAGGAGCGGUGCAAAGAAGAACAACGCCGAGCGACCGCACGGUGGAUUUUGUUUCUCACCCUCUAAAAGACGCGGACAAGACGAGGCGAAAAGAGGCAAAUCAAAACAGCACAAAACCCGAAACAGGACCCCUGCCUGAGCCACAGAGAGGCGAGCGGCCAUGGAAGAACUUACGGCAUUCGUGUCGAAGUCUUUCGAUCAGAAGAGCAAGGAGAGCAGCAAAGAGAGCAUCACGUACAGGGAAGUUUUGGAGAGCGGCUUGACGCGGGCGCGGGAGCUGGGCAGCCCGGAGACGAACCUGCAGGACAUUACGGACACCAACCACUGCCCGGUGCACCUCUACAAGGACCACGUGGAGCUGGAGAAGGAGAAACUGAAGGACUUUAAUGUUUCCCGGGCGACUGAGGGAAUAUAUGAGUGCAAAGAGAAGAAGGACGACGUGAAGUCCGAGGACGAGGACGCGCAGGGCAAACUGAAGCAGCGGCGGAGUCGCACUAACUUUACCCUGGAGCAGCUCAACGAGCUGGAGCGGCUCUUCGACGAGACGCACUACCCGGACGCGUUCAUGAGAGAGGAGCUGAGCCAGAGACUGGGACUGUCUGAGGCCAGAGUGCAGGUCUGGUUCCAGAACAGAAGAGCGAAAUGUCGAAAACAAGAAAACCAAAUGCACAAAGACAUCUUUCCCUUCUCCCCAGGUGUGAUUCUGGGCAGCGGCAGCCACCUGGACGCCUGCAGAGUGGCACCCUAUGUCAAUAUGGGCGCCCUGCGAAUGCCCUUCCAACAGGUUCAAGCACAGCUACAGCUGGACGGAGUCACCCACUCCCACCCUCACCUGCACCCUCACCUGGCCGCCCACGCCCCCUACCUGAUGUUCCCGCCCCCUCCCUUCGGACUACCAAUUGCGUCCCUCGCCGACUCGGCCUCCGCGGCGGCGGCGGUGGCGGCGGCCGCCAAAAGCAACAGCAAGAACUCCAGCAUUGCCGACCUGCGACUCAAGGCAGGACUUCUGCGGGGCCAGUGGCUCAGUCCACUCCAGGCACAGAUCACAUCCCAAGGACCGUACAAACACAUGUGGAUGUCUGUCUGAGGGCCAGGCCGGGGAGGGGGGCCCCCCGUCAGACCAGAGGACGUUAGAACAAAGCAAACUGGCAGGGUCGAGAGCAGAGACUCACUGCCGCUGGCUGCCGUCUCUUUUGACAUGCAGAGGGG